AUGGGUGCGUCAGAGUCAAAAUUGGUAUUCAAGCAAGGCAUCUUCAGGCUCUCGGAGGAGAGGAACAUUGCAGCCAAUGACCCAUAUUGGACAAACUUCUGGGAGCUGCCAGAAUCCGUCGAGGAUGUCUUCAGUCUCUUUUCGCAUACCGACAUACGCAGAACCCGAGAUUCUGCCCUCGAGAACCUCGAAACCCUUAUCCUAGCAGUAACCUCACGCCUGAUCGUGUUAAAGAACCACCCCUCGUUCCCAGAUCCUGAUCUCGCCCCAGAAAGGGAUGCUCUCAAUUGCAUACGAGUCCUCACCAGGCUUCUCCCAUACGUGUAUGAGGCCGACGACUUGACAGAAUGGGAAGAGAAGUUCUUCUGGGGCAUGAGGCGGCGCCGUACGAGAAGAUCACAAGUCUCAGGUGAAGUACUAUUUGACGACAAUGAGGGCGAAGAGAACACCCCUACAGAGAAUCGUGAACAGGAAUUUGAGGAUGUGAAACCGCUCGCAGAAGAACUUAUAGACACUUUGACGGACCUUCUCUUCUAUGCUGGUUUCACGAUAGCUGACCUGCCACAGGCAAAGAGCAAGGUUACGUACGCUAUCUGGCAGAGUGGGGUGGGUUGCAAAUCCUCCAUUCCCACGAACAAGGAACUCGAGAGCAAUCGAUGUGAGGUCCUGAGGCUUCUUCUGACCAUGUCCAGCAAGGCGAUGUAUACGCAUUCCAAUGUACUUCCUGUUCAAGGUGUCAAAGCUAUCACAUACCUAGCCACCUGUCCAGACAAGCAGAUUGUUCUGUCUACGCUGUGUUCUUUGAUCAACACCACGAUCAAAUCCAAUCUCGGAUCAUGGCGCCUCCCUUACGACCACGUGGUUCGCAAGGACUCCAAACAGACCCUCGUCGUCUACAGCUUGCAAUUCCUCCUCGUUCUCCUGCUGUAUCCAGUCCCCGAAAAUGGAAAUGGUCCAGCGCCGAAGAACUUUUAUCGCCAUUAUCUUGGUCGAUUACAUCGACCGGAAGACUUCCAGUUCCUCGCUGACGGCAUGACGCGAGUUCUGAGCCAGCCGAUGCAAGCUACAACGUCCUACCUACCUGGAAGCCAGAAAUCAGUCAAGUGGGCUCCGGAAAUGGUAAUGCUCUUCUGGGAAGUGCUUCAGUGCAACAAAAGAUUCCGAGCUUUCAUCAUAGAGUCCAACCGCGCACAUGACUUCAUUAUCCUCAUGCUAUUCUACGCCAUCGAGUACAAAACAGACGCAUCGAAGCAGGGUAUUGUGAGAAUGUGUGUCUUUGUCCUCCAAACCAUGAGCGUCGAAUCCACCUUUGGGAACAAUCUCAACAAGAAGUUUGAAGCGCAGGAUACUUUGCCUCCAUCCAUUCGUUUGACCAAUUUCAAAGGCACCUAUGCGGAUUUCUUAAUCACGUCAAUCCAUACCUUGAUUACCGGGAGCAAGGGCAAACUUGAAGCCAUCUACCCUGCCUUGCUCGCCAUUAUUAAUAAUAUGGCAGCCUACGUACAGCAUUUGUCUUUGGCGACAAGUACUCGACUUGUACAGCUCCUGGCGUCAAUGUCUACCCCAAGUUUUCUUCUUGCGAACGAGAGCAAUCACGUCCUUCUUCGGGCGCUGCUGGAAUCUAUUAGCACCAUGAUAGAGCACCAGUACGCAUCCAAUGUCAACUUGAUAUAUGCCGUCUGGCGAUCAAGGAAGCGUAUCGAGGCCUUAAGACAGUUCACGCUGGAAGGAGGCCAAACAGAAAUUGAACAAGCUGCGCAACGUCGUAAGGAGAGUGCUGUUGCUGAUGGCGCAAACGAUCUUUCCAGAUCAACUACCAUGGACAAUGUGGCUUCGCCGACGACUCGCAGUGGAAUGUCCCCCAACCUGGAGAGUGCAGUGGGCGGAACAUUCGCCAUAGGAGAUUCCGACGACUCAGAGAAUGAAGAGCCACCGACCCCUUCUCAGUCGACCCGAUCCAUGCAAACUUCCCGGACUCCUUCGAUAGCCUCGUCGUCCGUGCCUGAAGACCAUGUUCCCGUUCAACUAUCGGGUAUGUCGGAAAAGGCCAGGGGCAAAAUGCCCGCGAAUGCCCCAACGUUCUCUCGACAAAAUAGUACAACAAGCCUCUCAGCUACCUCGACAUACGCCCCAGGUCGCGGCUCAUUCCAGCCCACCACAGAAUGGCUGGAAAGCUGGCUCCCCGACCUGCCACUGCACACUCUCCUCACUGUGAUUAAAGUUCUCUCUACACACCCCUUGGCCUCACCACGGGUUAACAACGGGGCAGCGGCUCACGGUGACAGCACAAACCCGCCUUCGCUUGCUUCUUCGCGCCGCUCAUCGCUCACUGGAGCCGACGAGCCCUCCAUCACGAACUCCCACACUGCAACGCUAAGCGACUUUCGCUCUCAAAUUCCCUCCACAGCCACGCAUCCUGCGAUUGCCGCGAUUCUUGCUUCCCCUUCCCCCAUCCGAGUGCACCUUUUCGAAUGGUCGCCGCUCUCCCUAGGCUGGUACAUGUCCGUGCUCUGGUCUUUGAUCUUCACAGCGGAGAUGAUCAUCUCGCCCACAUCCAGCACGGCGGCAACCUUGACGGGAAGCGGAAUGAUGGCUGGUCCGGUGGGCGUUUGGAAUGGGACAAACGUGAAAUUGUUUCAGGUUGCAACAGAGGGCAGGAGAGAAGGACCAAGCUUAAGCCAGCCGAGAGGGGCGGUGGAUGCUGUGGGUAGUAGGAUUGUGCAAGGGGUUCAAGGGUUGAACCUGGGCGGUCUGGUUUCUCGAGUAGGAGGUGGAGUGAGAAGUGCCACUGCUAGCAAUACCGCCGACGGUGCUUUACACCGGAGAGGCACCACGAGAGAAGUCUGA